AUGGCGAGCCAGCAGGCGACUGCCUCGCCACAACCAGCGAUCCAGCCUUGCCGCUACAAGGUCGGAAAGACGCUCGGGGCAGGCUCGUACUCAACGGUAAAGGAAUGCGUGCACAUCGACACAGGCCGGUACUAUGCCGCAAAAGUCAUCAAUAAGCGUCUCAUGGCAGGGCGAGAGCACAUGGUGCGAAACGAGAUUGCGGUGCUGAAAAAGGUGUCGAUGGGCCACCAGAACAUCCUGACGCUGGUCGACUACUUUGAGACGAUGAACAACCUUUACCUGGUGACGGACUUGGCGCUCGGAGGCGAGUUAUUUGACCGAAUCUGCCGCAAGGGGUCGUAUUUCGAGUCGGACGCCGCCGACCUGAUCCGGGCGACGUUGUCGGCGGUGGCGUACCUGCACGACCACGGCAUCGUUCACCGCGAUCUCAAGCCGGAGAACCUGCUGUUCCGGACGCCCGAGGACAAUGCGGACCUGCUGAUUGCCGACUUUGGACUGUCGCGCAUCAUGGACGAGAGCCAGUUUCACGUGCUGACGACGACGUGCGGAACGCCCGGCUACAUGGCGCCCGAGAUCUUCAAGAAGACGGGCCACGGCAAGCCCGUCGACCUGUGGGCGCUCGGCGUCAUUACGUACUUUUUGCUCUGCGGCUACACGCCCUUUGACCGCGACACCGACUUUGAGGAGAUGCAGGCCAUUCUCAAGGCCGACUACGCCUUUGCGCCCGUCGAGUACUGGCGCGGCGUGUCGUCGCACGCAAAGGACUUUGUCCGCCGCUGCCUGACCAUUGACCCCGCGCGCCGCAUCACCGCUCACGAGGCCCUGCAGCACCCGUUUGUCACCAGCGACGCGCCCUCGGACGGCGCCGGCGAGAACCUCCUCCCCACCAUCAAGAAGAACUUCAACGCCCGACGCACCCUUCACGCCGCCAUUGACACCGUCCGCGCCAUCAACAAGCUGCGCGAGGCUCAGCACCUCAUGAUGGACGGCGCCCACUCCAAGGAGCCCUCCCGCGGCGGUGGCGACGCCUACGCGCCCCCGGCGUCGCCCGCCGCCAUUCGGAAAGACGACAGUGGCAUCGUCAUGGACUCGUCGUCGGCGUCGUCGUCCCCGGUGGCCGCUGCUGCUGUGCCACCCCCUCCGCGCGAGACAAAAGAUAGCGGGUAUUCGACGCAGCCCGAGGGAGGCGUCGCGACGCCGCCAACGACAGCGGCCGCGGCCAAGGUAGAUGCUCGCAGCGACGGCAGAAUCUCCAAGGGCAGCAGCAUCCCGGCGGCGCUGCAACCGGGGCAUAUUGCCAACAAGGUGAUUCAGACGAGCAAGGGCCUCUGGGGCGGGUCACCAGUGCGAGACUGA